AUGGAUGUGCUGCGUGAAAUAGCCCCAGACUCCGGUGCCUACAUGAGUGAAGCUGAUCUUCUCGAGCCGAACCUCCAAGAAGCGUUCUAUGGUACCAAUUACCCCCUUCUCUAUACACUCAAGCAGGAACACGAGCCCACCGGUCUCUUCUUUGCUCUUACAGCCGUCGGCGCCGAGGAUUGGGAGGUCCAGACCGUUGAUCCUCUACCGUACUCUUGGAACAAUAACGAACGACUGUGCCCAAAGUCUUCUUGA